UACUUUUUCUUUCAACAUGACUCCACCACGAAUGGCACCUGGUCAGUGAGGAGGAUCUCCGUAUCCUGCUGGGGGAGGUACUCCUCAGCAGCAUGGAGGUCCCCCUCGGGGGCGAGGUGGCGAGCGAGGCGGAGGCAGAGGAGUUGCUGGGCCACAAGGCGGUCCCAGUGUCUCCAUUCCCUGUAAGUUUGGUGAUGCUUAUAUAGAAAAUGUGAUGCUUGUGGUUCAUUUUCUAAUCGUUUGAUUCUUUAAGCUGCUGUACAAGCUGUUGGUGUACGUCGUCCUGGAUUUGGGACUGCAGGCAGGCAGAUUACUGUUGCCGUGAAUGCUUGUGAAAUGAAUAUACCCGACAUUAUGGUUUAUCACUAUGACGCAAUGGAAAAGUCGCUUCGGGCAGCGUUCAACAUGCAGCUGAUUGUGGCGUUGCAGAACCAGUACCCCGACGUCUUUAUCAAGAAAGUCGUUUAUGAUGGCAAGAAGAAUCUGUAUACGAGCUAUAGGCUGGAUUUUGGUGCUGAGCAUCACCGCCAGUUCAAUGUGACUUGGACCGAAGGAACUCGAAUAUCGAAUUUUAAGAUUACUAUCACCGAAGCGAGGGAAAUAAACAUGGAAGUGCUUCGCAGGUACACGGACGCCCAGCAGUCCUGGGACGAGAAUGUUUCUACUGCUCUCACAGCCCUGAACAUCGUGCUACGCAUGGAACCGUCGCUCAACCAUCCUUUCCGAGACCGGUGGUUCUACAGCGACAAAGUCAAGGCACCUCUAGUCAAUAUGCCACUGGAAGUUUGGCAAGGUUUUUUCCAGUCUGUUCGGCCUGCUUUGGGCCGUCUGCUUGUCACCGUCGAUAUCUCUGCCGGCGUCAUGUUCAAACCGGGUUCCCUGGUUGAGACGUGCGUCGAAUUCUUCGCCGGAAAUCGCAGAGACAAUCCGGACAGGUAUCUACGAGCAUCCGGGCCGCAGGCAAUGCUCCCAUUGCAACGACGCCGCCUCCAAAACUUUCUCUUUGGUGUCAAGGUUGAGGCUGAGUCUGCGGCUGGGGGAAAGAAGCUUAUCACCAUUCACAAGCUCACGGAACGAGAUGCCACGUCCAUAAUUUUCACUCCGACCGGCGGUAAGCAGACGACCAUAGCGCAAUACUUCGCCCAAGCCAACCAGAGGCAGUCUUCCCAAUAUUAUCUGCAUGCAGGUAUGAUCUUUACUGCAAAGGGUGCUGUGAUUCCCCUCGAGCGAUGUUACAUCGUACUCGGUCAACUCUCUCGGGCUGCACUCUCCCCGGAUGCUACGCGGGAAAUGGUGGAAUUUGCGACAAAGAAACCUGAUCAGCAAUUAAAUGUAAUCAAGGCUGGCAUCCAGGUUCUUGCUUAUGACCAAUCCCAAUAUGUCAGAGACUUUGGACUAAACAUCAAGACCAAUUCUCUACCCAUGGAGGCCCCUGCUCGGGUACUCAACCCGCCAAACCUGAAAUACGGAACGGGAUCAAAGCAACCGACUAUUCGACCAAGGGAGGGAGCGUGGAACCUGAUUGAUAAGAAAAUUUUCAAGCCUAUGUCCCUUGGCCACUGGAUGGUCGUGAUAUUCAUGCAGCCGAACCGUUUCAGUCCAGAUGACGCGAACACGACAAUAAAAGGUCUGGUUCAAGGGUGCGAAGCUGUUGGUAUGCCGGUGCCAGACAAGCAGCCGUUGUUUGUCUAUAGGAAUCCCCAGAGCAAUAUGACCAGGUUUGCUAUUGUUGGUGCAGUAAAGCAAAACCGAGAUGAGCGCAAGGCGAUUCCCACAUUCAUUGUGUGUAUUCUCCCUGACGGGAGUAACACGGGUUUGUAUAAUGCAAUUAAACACUGCGGUGAUAUAAAGCGAGGCGUUGCCAAUCAGUGUCUGUGUGUCGGCAGAUGUAGAAAUGCCAGACCACCAUACUGGGCAAACGUAGCCCUGAAGAUUAACGCCAAGUUAGGCGGCAUCAAUGUUAUCCCAGACCCUAAGUCGGCGCCUAUCAUUUCUGAUCCUAGGCAACCGACGCUUGUUAUGGGCGCCAACGUCAUGCACCCAACUCCGGGGAGCCAAUUGCCAGGCUCGUACGCUGCGGUAGUAGGGAACAUCGAUUCCGACGGUGCUCGAUAUAUAGCCAAGACCACGCUCCAGCUGGGGAGGAAGAAGACGAUCGAUGAUCUGCGCUCGAUGGCGAAGGAUAUUCUCACGUCGUAUAUGAGCUAUAGAGCCAAUGUCGAGAAGGUUACGACGCCACCCAAAAGGCUGAUCUUUUUCAGAGGUAAGUCAUCGAGUAACUGUUUUCUUCGAUGAUACUGCUGACGUGCAACUGUAGAUGGCAUAUCCGAGGGCGAAUUUAAGCGUCUUUUGGACUUGGAACUUCCCGAGCUUCAAG